AUGGUCUUCUCUUUCCAGUCCGUCGCUUAUGACCUAGACUGCGGUCUGCCCUUUGAAAACUCCGCUGACAACAGGUUGCAAAGAGGCAAGAUGGCCAUGCUGGAUAUGGAGGCCGUCCUCUGGUACUUCAUCACGAUUGGCAUUCCAAUCAUCGGUUCCAUCAUCCUCUUCUGGGUCGGCGUAUGGGUUGGAUGCUGUUGGAACCGUCGACGAACGCGGAAACGAGAGAAGCGGCUAGACGCAGAAAUGGGGCGCGAUCUGCUGAAGGCCGAAGUCGAAACGAAGCCCACGACGCCGUACACUCUCCCGACCUCGGACGACCUGACGGACGUGACCGAGACGGCUCCAAUGCUACCGCCUAGCACGCCGACGACGCCUGUCCCGAUGGGGAGCAGCCACAUCUCAACCCACCAGUUCGGCAAAGAACUGCACGGCGAUCUGCGGGGGAGUCUGGAGAUGCCAACGCCGAGGGUGCCAAGGAUGGCAUUGGCGCCAUCACGGCUCGGGGCUCUUGCCCAUUCGCCCUCGCCUCCGCCGGUGAGGACGCCCUCUCUGCCGCCCGGUCCGAACGAAGACGUGACCCGUGCCAUAAACGCAUUGGCAGAAGCACUGCGGCAGCAAACCGUCGACCGGCCCGGAACGCCGACCGCUGGUUCGGUGCGCGAGGGCCGCGAGGGUCGUGACGGUGCAACAAGCUAUCGCGAGACGGACGCUGCGCGGCUCGACACGCGCCUCGAGCCCCUCCCGCCCCUGUACCAGUCCGAGUGGCGCUCGGACACGAGCUCGACGCACUCGGUGUCUCGCACGUCUUCGGAGCGCGAGCGCCGCGAACGCCGCCUCGUCCCGGGCGGCCCGCGCCGACUUCCCAGAAGUGAUGCCAAGGCCCUCCUCCGUGCUGCGAGCACCCGUAGUGCGAACUCUGUGUAG